AUGCUUAGUCCAAGACAAGGUGUGCAGCUUGAUAUCGAUGGAGGAAGCUGUACCAAUGUGGCGAGUGAAACUAUGGUUGAGAAGUUGGGACUCAUUACCAAGAAGCAUCCACGGCCUUAUCAGCUUAACUGGCUGAAUGAAACUGGAGAGAUGAGUGUCAAGAACCAAGUGGUUGUGCCUUUGUCUAUUGGCAACUACAAGGAUGAGAUCCUUUGUGACAUUCUGCCUAUGGACGCCGGUCACAUCAUCUUAGGGCGACCUUGGCAAUCUGAUAGACGUGUGAUCCAUGAUGGAUUCACAAACCGCUACACUCUUCUUCAUGAGGGCCGUAAAACCACUUUGAUUCCUUUGAGUCCACAAGAAGUCUAUGAAGAUCAGUUACAACUUGCUGGAAAAGAAGUCAAGCCACCUAAGCCAAAGAACUUCCUGGUGAAGCCAAAACAGGACUUUAGCGAUGUGUUUCCAGAUGAUAGUCCACCAGGCUUGCCUCCUGUCCGAGGUAUUGAGCACCAGAUUGAUUUUGUCCCCGGCUCCACUUUACCAAACAGGCCGGCAUACAGAACCAAUCCGGUUGAGACCAAGGAGCUUCAGCGCCAAGUGGAUGAACUCAUGGAGAAAGGCCACAUUAGAGAGAGCAUGAGUCCCUGUGCUGUUCCUGUUCUUCUUGUUCCUAAGAAGGAUGGAAGCUGGAGGAUGUGUGUCGACUGCCGCGCCAUCAAUAACAUCACUGUAAAGUAUCGACACCCUAUCCCUAGACUUGAUGACAUGUUAGAUGAGUUACAUGGCUCUUGCAUCUUCUCUAAGAUUGAUCUUAAGAGUGGUUAUCACCAAAUCCGGAUGAAGGAAGGUGAUGAGUGGAAAACCGCCUUUAAAACCAAGCAUGGUCUAUAUGAGUGGCUUGUGAUGCCAUUUGGCUUGACCAAUGCGCCAAGUACUUUCAUGCGGUUGAUGAAUCAUGUUCUUAGGACCUUUGAUGAUCAUCUUAAGCAUCUUGCCGCGGUCAUGAAAGUUCUUAGGGAGGAGAAGCUGUUCGCCAACUUUAAGAAAUGCACUUUUUGUACAACUAAUGUGGUGUUUCUAGGUUUUGUGGUGAGUGCAGAUGGCGUACAGGUUGAUGAAGAGAAGGUCGCAGCUAUCCGGGAUUGGCCUAGUCCUAAGACCGUUGGAGAGGUCAGAAGCUUUCAUGGCUUGGCCGGAUUCUAUCGGCGGUUUGUUAAGGAUUUUAGCACCAUAGCCGCGCCAAUGACUGAGAUUAUCAAGAAGGAAGUUGGAUUCAAGUGGGAGAAGGCACAGGAGGAAGCAUUUCAGACUCUUAAGGAUCGACUUACUAAUGCACCUGUUCUUAUGUUGCCUGACUUUCUUAAAACUUUUGAAAUUGAGUGUGAUGCCUCAGGAAUCGGAAUAGGAGCUGUUCUCAUGCAAGACAAGAAGCCGAUUGCCUACUUCAGUGAGAAACUUGGAGGAGCCACUCUCAAUUAUCCAACCUAUGAUAAAGAGCUCUAUGCCUGGUCCGAGCCUUGCAAACUUGGCAGCAUUACUUAUGGCCCAAGGAGUUUGUUAUCCAUACCUGAUCAUGAAUCACUCAAGCACUUCAAAGGCCAACAGAAGCUCAACAAGAGGCAUGCUCGCUGGGCCGAGUUCAUAGAAACCUUUCCCUAUGUGAUCAAGUACAAGAAAGGUAAGGACAAUGUCGUGGCCGACGCAUUGUCUAGACGGUAUACACUUCUCUCUACUCUUGAUGCCAAACUCUUAGGCUUUGAGCAAAUUAAAGAACUAUAUGCUUCUGAUGCUGAUUUUUCUGAUAUUUAUCAAGCAUGUUCUAAGUUUGCUUCUGGUCGAUAUGUGAGACAGGAUGGGUUUCUCUUUUAUGAGAACCGCCUUUGUGUGCCUAAUUGUUCUUUGAGGGACUUGUUUGUCAGGGAAGCACAUGGAGGAGGACUUAUGGGACAUUUUGGAGUUGCAAAGACUAUACAGAUCAUGAGAGAUCAUUUCCAUUGGCCACAUAUGAUUAGAGAUGUGGAGCGCAUAUGUGCUCGCUGCACCACUUGUAAGUUGGCCAAAUCCAAGGUCCAACCCCACGGUUUGUAUACUCCUCUCCCUAUUCCAUCACAACCUUGGACUGAUGUUUCCAUGGACUUUGUUCUUGGUUUACCCAGAACUAGACAUGGAAAGGAUUCCAUUUUUGUGAUUGUGGAUAGAUUUUCUAAGAUGGCUCAUUUUGUUGCAUGCAAUAAAACUGAUGAUGCAUCUCAUGUUGCUGCAUUGUUCUUUAAAGAUGUCAUUAGAUUGCAUGGCAUGCCGCGCACCAUUGUUUCUGAUCGUGAUACUAAGUUCCUUAGUUACUUUUGGAAAACCUUGUGGUCUAAGUUAGGGACUAAGCUUUUAUUUUCCACCACUUGUCAUCCCCAAACUGAUGGUCAAACUGAGGUUGUAAACCGGACUUUAGGAACCUUGUUGCGUGUGCUGCUUAAAAAGAAUCUUAAGAAUUGGGAUGAUUGCUUGCCUCAUAUAGAAUUUGCUUAUAAUCAUUCUGUGCAUUCAGCAUCUAAGUUCUCUCCUUUUGAAAUUGUUUAUGGGUUUAAACCCCUGUCACCUUUGGAUUUAAUGCCUCUGCCUUUGAGUGAAAGAUUGAGUGCAGAUGGACAGAAGAGAGCUGAGAUGGUGAAGAAGAUACAUGAGCAGGCAAAGAAAAACAUUGAGGAAAAGACAAGGCAGUAUGCAAGAAGGCCAACAAGGGACGGCGCGAAUUAA